GACUGCUGCUUCUCAAUGCUAAGAACCCUAACUCGCCUCUGUUCGAAAUUAGAGGCUAGAGGCUCAAAAACUCGAAACUACAGCUCAAAGGCUCGAUUACUAAGUGGGAGGCUGAAAUUCUCAGAUUCUUCAUCUUGGAUUACUAGACAACCUGAAUUUGGACCCUCAAGAGGAAUCGGAGUGUCGAAGCUCUUGCUGCUGUUGCUCUGGUUUAGGCUAUUCGCGAGGCGCAAGAACCUAGAACACUUCAGUAGUGUUCCAACGGAGCAUCUUGCUGAUAAAGAGAAUGACGGCUCCACAAGUGGCUCACAUUUGGAUGCUUUGUUGAGUGGCAUAACUGGAGACUAUAAUUCUUCCUUCGGAAAUGUGAAAGGAAAGAAAGGCGACACAGGCUCUUUGAUGGAGAACUCAGAUGCUUUUCUUUCUCAAGCUACAACUGUAACUGAGACAGAAACCACCUAUGUUGACUCGUCCAGGAAUGAAGAAGUUAUAUUAGACAGUGCACGUGAUACUUCUGUAGAUCAUGGAAUGCAGCGAUUCAAUACUUCCAGUUUUUGCUUAGAUUAUGAACUUCCCGCUUCUCUUGAUACCUUCCAUGAGGAAUUCACUUCAAAUACAGAUGGAUAUUUUCAAGUGGGGAAUACUUCUCCUUUUCUAGAAACUCAAAAUAUUACGACCGAGUUCACUUCUAGGACUGGUGUGUGCAACAUAAUUACAAUCACUAAACACGAACUCACUUUUAUUUCCCUUCGUUUAUGAAUGAGGC